AUAAUGAAUAUAAUGUACAAAAAACUUUUCAAAAAUUAUAAAAAUGUUUAAGCACGCAUCGCGGGCAAAACACCUAGUUAAGCAUAUUUAGUAAAAAAAAUCUUAAUUACUGUUUGUAUUUUUAAAAUAAAAUAAAAACUAAUAUUAGGAAUUUAAUUGAAAGAGUUUAUAUGAGAAGGUUUUGAUUAGUAUCCCCGUAGUAAAUAAAUUUAGUAAGAGCAGCAUUAACGGGAGGUUUUAAGUGGGGUGCUUAGGUUUUUUUGUAAUUAAAAAAAAAGAAAAAUCACAAUUACCUUAAGCAGCGGAGCUUAAUUAAGAGGAAGAAGCACCGGCUCUUGAUACACGUGUCGUCUUCCAUCCUCUCCCGUUCUCUCCUUCUCACCGCCGUCAAUGCUUCGUAACGAUGGCCACAAUCUUCUUCUCUUCCUCUCCACUUGCUUGAAACGGACAAAAAUGGCCACCAUAAACCCUAUUUUAUCUUCGCGCCUGCUCACUCUCUUCAAGCUGGGUCGAUUAACUUCUCUUAUGGCCAUGGGGGGUUCCUUCACCUCCCACAGUAACCCUCUCUAUGGUCUUUCUAUUUUAUUUGUUCUAGUGGUGUUUGACUUUCAAGCUCGCUUAUGGGUUUCAUGAAAUACAGUAGCUUUGUUCAUAUCUUCUGUAAAGUUUUAAUCUUUCUUGGUAUCUUUAUUGAUGGUUUAGUUUGCUAGACUUUACUUGAUUGUGGAUUAAUCUGUUCUGUUUCGUAGCAUUUAGGCUCAUUUCUCUAUUGUGGUUUUGGUUUUCAAGCUCGCUAAUGGGUUUCAGGAAAGACAGUAACUUAGUUAUGUCUUCAUUGAUGUUUUAAUAUGCUCUGUCUCGUCAUUUAUAUGGGUUCUAGCCUCAGUUUGUUAAGACUUCACUUGAUUGUGUACUAUUCUGCUCUGUUUUAUAGUUCUUAGGUUCAAUUUUCAGGAGAAUGCAAUAACUUUGUGGUGUCUCCAGCCCAUUGAAGUUUUAAUUUGUUAUGUCAUGUAACUUUUGCGGGUUUUAAGUUGAAUUUGUUCUUGUAAAUUUCAGGAGAUUAGCUUCCACAGAAGGUUAUUCCACCUCCACAGUUUGUCAUCCAGAACCAGUAUGAGUUCUUCGUCCAGCGUAUGGGAGGCCCUCCUCUGUAUUCUCAAAGGAAAGGUUAAGUCUUUUUUACAUUUUGGAUUCUUCUUCCUUUACUAUAAUCUGGUGAAUGCCUUCAAAUGUUUGUUUGGUUCUAGCUGUUCUUUUAAUGUUCAUGGCACUUUAAUCAGUUCUGCAUUAACAUAAUUUUCAGGCUGCGAUUGAACUAUGGCUAGCCGCAAUGAUCCCUUACAGAUUGCAACUUCCUAACUGUUUUGUAUAUUGGGUUUGUGGGAGCUCACACAAUGCCGGUUCUGUAUGAGAAAUAUGAAGACGAAGUUGGUGGUUUUGUUGAUUCUCUGCUCAUGAAGUUUCACAGUCACUAUAAGAAGAUGGAUACUGGCUUUCUCAGUCGAAUUCCAAGUGGAAGGUUUGGGUUCAAGAAGCAUGACUAAAUCAACUUGUUUAUCUGUGGAUAAAAGGUAUGUGUAGCUUGGUUUAUUCUUGAACGUCUUCUUCUUGGUUUACUCUUAUAGGAUGUUUCAAACAAUGUUGGCUUACUUUCUGAUGAUGGCAAUAGAUUUUACAAACCAAAGUGUUUCUUAAUUUUUUUUUGAUCUUUUAAUAUGUUUUAUAUAAUAAAUAAAUUUUAUCUUAAAUAAAACAAUGUUUAAUUUUUUUUAAGAACCCCUAAAUAAGAUACUUGCAUUGGAGGACAAAAUUUAGAGGUUGCUUAAAAAAAGUGUUUAUCACCCAUUUAUUAUUAAAAAAGUGAUUAAGCACCCCAUUAGGGGUGCUAGGGUUAAUGGUGCUCUAAGGAUUUUAGAACGGAUAAUGAAAAAUGGAUUUUUUGUGCCCCCAUAAUAUUAGAGCAAAGGCAAAACAUUCGUGAGCUUAAAGCCAUUUCCCCGAGAGGGUGGUAGUCUGGUAGAUGGUAGAGCGAAGGCAAAACAUUCGUGAGUUUCUCUAGGGUUUCAACCUCAUUGUCUCCGCAAUGAAAACACGGCGGCGUAACCUCUCCGGAGAUCUUUCCUCAACUACCGGAAGUAAUAAGCGAUCGAUGACCUCAGAGAAUGGAAGAGACAACUCAUUACCAUUUCCAAUUGAUCUCGUUUUCGAGAUAUUCUGGAAGCUUCCGUUGAAGUCAAUAGCUAUAUGCCGGUGCGUUUCAAAGACCUGGUCCUCCGUCCUUAGCCGUCAAGAUUUCACCGAGCUGUUCUUGAGCAGGUCACGUACACUCCCCAAGCUGUUUCUCGCCUACCAAAAAGGCGGUGAGUUUUUCUUCUUCUCGGCACCUCAGCCGCAAAGCCCGGAUGAGAAUUCGUCUUCUGUAGUAGCUACUUAUCAUAUGAAGUUUUCCUUUCAUGCGUACCUCCCUGGUUUGUUUGAAUUAAGUGGGCUUGAUCAAGGCUUGGUGGGUCUUACAAGUAGGUGGAUCGGAAAGGGAAGGGUGCCCUCGGUGCAUGUGCCGGUGAUAUGUAACCCUAGCACUGGACAAUCAUUACCAUUACCCAGAGUGAAGACGAAGAGAGUUAAGUCAAGGAGUUUGUUUGGGUAUGAUCCUAUUGAUAAACAUGUCAAAGUAUUGUCCAUGUCAGUAAGUCAGGGAAGUGUCCUUCCUGUGGCUGAGGAGUAUCAAGUUGUGACAUUAGGAACGGGAAAGCUGUCACAGAGAAUGAUCAACUGCGGCCGCGAACUCCGUUAUUGGCCACAUAUCAGAGGGAGAUGCAUCAAUGGUAUUUUGUACUAUCCAUCUGUGGAUAUGUCUACAGAGAGUCAUGUGUUAGUUUGCUUUGACGUUAGAUCUGAAAAAAGUUGAUAUGUUCUUCACUGAGGGAACUAUGAUAAACUACAAUGGUAAAUUAGGUUUACUUUGGUCUGAAGGAUGGCUUUCUAGAAGUAGUACAAGUGUUAACUUGUGUGUGCUAGAAGAUAUCGGAAAGCAGGAAUGGUCUGAGCAUGUGUAUGUAUUGCCUGCUUUGUGGGAGGAUAUUGUUGGGAGUGCCUCGUUAAGCUUUGUUGGAAUGACGCAGACAAAUGAGAUUGGGAUGAGGUCGCUAGCCUAUCCACCAAGCCCUUUGUACCUAUUCUACUUCAAUACCGAGAGGAAUACUGUCGUUAGAGUUGCAAUCCAAGGAAUGGAUGUGUCUGAGUAUGAUAGAGUUCACAUCUUUCUAGACCAUUUAGAGAAUGUGAAGCUUAUGUAAGUGUUUAGGUACUUCAUUACUUGAGUCUUUGUUUGGCUAUAUGUUAAGUUUGUUGCUUUAUA